AAGGCUCUGGCAACGCCGCGCAGAUCGAAAAAAAACAAUGUGCUGCAGGAAAACAGAAGCAGCGGAAAAUUCAACAAAAAAACGCUAAAGUAGACAACAGGAAAAGCGGAAAAUGGCCAGGAACACGGGCAGUUCCUCGGGCUCCACGCCGGCCUCGGCAGCGGCGGCGGCAGCGGCAGCGGCCUCCAGUGCCAAGCAAAAACAACAGCGCAGUCCCCGUUUCAGUUUGUCCUCCAAUUUGAUCCUGGACAAGUGGAAGACGAUGAUCGGAUGCGUUUGCCUGGCCAUUGCCUCGUACUUUGGCUACCUGGGCUACCUGGAGACGCGGGUGAACACCCCCUUUGACCACCAGAAGAUGGUGCUGCAUGCCGGUCUGGAGCAACCGGAUCGUUAUUGGGGCUCCUACAGGUCACUUAAUUACUUCGGGAUGAAGACGCGGGAUCCCCAUUCCCUUGUCAUGGGCCUCAUGUGGUAUUCGCCGAGCAAUCUGGGUCCUGGGGGCCAGGGCAUACGCCACUGGUGCGAGCAGGGCGACAAAUUGGACUCCUAUGGCUGGACUCAUCACGAUGGUCGUAGUUUUGGCGUCCAGGAGAUCCAAGAUCUGCCUUUCGAGCUCAAGACCUCGUUUGUUAAGUACCCCGAGGGUAAGCAGUACGGCGGCGAUUGGACAGCCCGCAUCUCGGUGAGAAAUACCACGCGUGCGUGGGACAAAAGUAUCUCGCUGAUUUGGUACGUGGCUUUGGAUGAACGCACCAAUGGGCAUAUUAAGUACGUGUCGGAUGAGAAGAGUCCGGAGCCGGGUGUCUAUGGUGAGACGCAAGGAUUGGGCGAGUUCCAGGUGCGUUUCCAUGCCGUCAAGGGCAAGAUCCUGCACAAAUCCUACCUCAGUACGGUGGCCCCGUCGCUGGCCAAGCUCAAGGAUACGCUCUUCUCGCACUUUCGCGCCUUUGCCGACAGGCGGGGCAAACGUUUUAUAGGCCUGCCCGGCGAAAUAGUCUCCCAGAAUGGUCUGCCCACCAACAAUCCCGAGCCCAACUUCAUAGCCAUACAGAUCACAGCCGAGGUGGACUUCACGCUGGAUAUCACAUACCAAUCUACAUCGGGUUUUUCGCUGGGCGAAUCCAUACCCAAGCCGCCGACGGGCAGAGCCUAUCAGGAUUCGUUGCAGGCCAAGAUUGCCCAAUUUGAGCAACGUUUCGAGGAGCGAUUCCAGCUGCGGCAGAAGGGUCACUCGCCCGAGGAGGUGAGAUUCGCGCGGAAUGCCUUCAGCAACUUGCUGGGCGGCAUUGGCUACUUCUAUGGCUCCAGCCGGGUGCAGUCGGUGCACACCAAGAAUCCAGUGCCGUACUGGAAGGCUCCUUUAUACACCGCCGUGCCUUCGCGAAGCUUCUUCCCACGCGGCUUUCUCUGGGACGAGGGCUUCCACGGCCUGCUGAUCAGCGCCUGGGAUGUGGACAUCGAGCUGGACAUUCUGUGCCAUUGGUUCGAUCUGCUCAAUGUGGAGGGCUGGAUACCCAGGGAGCAAAUCCUGGGCGUUGAGGCGCUGGCCAAGGUGCCCGAGGAGUUUGUCACGCAGCGCAACAGCAAUGCCAAUCCGCCGACGUUAUUCCUGACGCUCAAGAAACUGUUGACCAGCCACCGGGCGGAGUUAUCGCAAAAUGGACGUCUGGCCACGCUGGAGCGGCUGUAUCCAAGGAUUCAGGCCUGGUUUAACUGGUACAACACCACGCAAAGGGGUGAAAUAUUGGGAACUUAUUUGUGGCGCGGACGGAAUGCCACUACCACGCGGGAGCUAAACCCAAAGAGCUUGUCUUCCGGCUUGGAUGACUAUCCGCGUGCCUCGCAUCCCACGGACAAGGAGCGUCACCUGGAUCUGCGCUGUUGGAUUGCCCUGGCGGCCAGUGUGAUGGCCGAGUUAUCCACGCUGUUGGGCAAAGAUGAUGUGAAAUACUACGAGACGGCCUCCUAUUUGAUGGACAAUGAGCGGCUGAAUCGCUUGCAUUUGGCACCCUACAGCGAACAGUACUCGGACUGGGGUCUCCACACUGACCAGGUGAAGCUGAAGCGUCCACCGUCGAUGGCACCGCAGCAGCAGCAGCGGCAUCAUCAUCAGCAGUACCAGCAGCCCGAAAUGCGACGUGUGACUGGCGAGGAGCCCACGUAUCAGUUUGUGGACAGCACUUUUGGCUACGUCAGCUUGUUCCCGCUGCUGCUAGAGCAACUGGAUCAUGAUUCGCCAUAUUUGACCAAGCUGCUGCAUGAUCUUCGCGAUCCGGAGCAACUGUGGACUAACUACGGUCUGCGUUCGCUCUCCAAACGAUCGCCACUGUACAUGAAACGAAACACCGAGCACGAUCCACCGUAUUGGCGUGGCCCCAUCUGGAUAAAUAUUAACUAUCUGGCGGCCAAGGCGUUGCAUCACUAUGGCAAGAUCGAGGGGCCGAAUGCCGCUCUGGCGCGACAGAUCUACAGCGAACUGCGCGACAACCUGGUGGGCAACAUCUUCAGGCAGUACCAGCGCAGCGGCUAUUUGUGGGAGCAGUACGAUGACACCACCGGCGAGGGCAAGGGCUGCAAUCCCUUCACCGGCUGGACGGCCACCGUCGUCCUCCUGAUGGCCGAGCAGUUCUAGACCUGGAAUCUAGCAUCUGUCUGCUAAAAUCUGCUGUGAGUUCCUCAACGAACAUCCCUGCCAGGAUUCCUGAAAUGAUCUACAUGUUUGUGCUUAGGAUAGUUGGGUUUUCUUUGACCCGCCAAACGCAUUGGGCUUUCGAAACGAUUAACGUUUUUGAAGCAGUCAUAUUAAUUUGCUUAAAAUGUAGCAAGCAGCUAAGCUUUAAACAUUUUCUUUGGCGAAUCUGCGUUGAAUAAAACCCAUCUAUCCUUAUUUACACUACUAUAUAGUCCUCACAUAUUCCAGUCUCUAGUUGCUGUACAAUACUUAAGAAACUUUGACAACAAACCGAGUGAAAAAGUAAAUCAAAUGCAAAGUCAUUUAUAGCGUUAAAUAGACGAAUUUUAAAACGAUACCAAAUAAAUAAGAAGGUAAAUCAAAA